AUGUUACGGCAGGACUCCAUCCACUCCGCGGAUAUAAGGAGUAAAGGGUCCCCGUUUCGCGCAAAGUGUCAUGAAAUCUUCUGCUGCCCACUGAAGCAAGCCGUCCUCAAAGAGAGCUCAGCACCAGAAGAGCCGCAGCUGAAGGGGAUUGUGACAAAGCUGUACAGCAGACAGGGCUUCCACCUCCAGCUGCAGGCGGACGGCACCAUCGAUGGAACCAAGGAGGAGGACAAUGGUUACACCAUGUUCAACCUUAUUCCUGUGGGUCUGCGGGUGGUGGCCAUCCAGGGAGUGCAGACCAAACUCUACUUGGCCAUGAACAGUGAAGGAUACUUGUACACAUCAGAACACUUCACGUCGGAGUGCAAGUUCAAAGAGUCGGUGUUCGAGAACUACUAUGUGACGUACUCUUCCAUGAUCUACCGGCAGCAGCAGUCGGGCCGGGGCUGGUACCUGGGCCUCAACAAGGAGGGCGAGAUCAUGAAGGGAAACCAUGUCAAGAAGAACAAGCCAGCAGCACACUUUCUUCCCAAACCACUAAAAGUCGCAAUGUACAGAGAGCCAUCCCUCCACGAGCUGACAGAGUUCUCACGCUCGGGCAGCGGGACGCCCACCAAGAGCCGGAGUGCGUCUGCGGUGCUGAAUGGAGGCAAGACCGUGAGCCAGCACGAGUCCACGUAG